UCCACUUACCUACUCACUUAGUCAGUCUCGGAUCCUUAAAGUGAAAACAACGUUGAAACGCGGUUAGUUAAGGCAAGAUCGUUAGACAAAAACAUAAAUAAAGUAACAAAAUAAUUUUGUUAUCAGACAUUCAACAUGUGCAAAUCCCAUUUGACGCGCGUCACUACAAAAUUCCUCUUACUUCUACUGGCGCUUAGCUGUCAGCGCUGUGCAGCUGCUGGCGACGCCAACACCGAUGGUUGCAAUGAGUUCGUUUGUGGUUCAAUCGUCUCCAAAUGUCUCUUGACACAGAGUUGUCAGUGCAAAUUAAACAAUGCCACUUGCUUGCAGGAAUGUCUCAACUGCUUGGGUGACUUGUAUACGGAGUGCUGCAGCUGCUUGGAUAUGUGUCCCAAAGUGAAAGACCCCUUCAAUCCGGCAGCGCCAAGAUCGCAGUUUGGUUUGUUUGAGGGUUUGCCAGAGCUAUUUGAAACACUCACCGAAGAUGACGACAACUGGACUGUGAUGCGCUUCACCAUGCGCACCAGUUUGCGUCGGCAUUAUGGCGCUGGCUUUGGUGUUAGCUUGGCUGGCGUUGGCAGCGAUGGUGGUGAUGCUAUUGACCGCCAAGCGUCCAUACAAAAAUUGCAAUCGUCAGCAACGAACACGGCGGCGGCGGUGGCGCUGGCAACGGCGACGCAUGUCAAUUGCACGGUUAUCUACUUGAAUGAAUGCAAAACGUACCACAAAUGUGCGCAAGACUGCGAGAAUAUGGGUGCGAAUAGUUAUCGCUGGUUCCACGAUGGUUGUUGUGAAUGUGUUGGCGCCAACUGCAUCAAUUAUGGCAUCAACGAGAGCCGUUGUUCGGCUUGUCCAGAAGAAGAUGAGAAUGGCGAGGAGGGUGCUGGUGAGGAUUAUGAUGAUGAAUCGACAUGGACAUUUGGCGAAGAGGAACACAACUACAAUUGAGCGUGAAUGCGGUCAGCGUAAGGUGGCUUUGAACUUAACUAAACAACAACAAAAAUUAAUUUAAUUCAAUUAGAGCCAGUGAUAAACGACACUUAGUUUUGUAUGUUUGUAUGUACGUAUGUAUUUUAGUGGAUGAAAUUCAUUGGUGAUAGAGAGGCAAGUAACGUGGGGCUAAUUAAAAUUAGGAAGUAAAAGUAAUUUACUUCACUUUGAGUGUAGUGUUCUUUAACAAAAAUUAAAUAAAUUUUUAAGAAAGUGUAUUUGCAAAGUAUUUUAGUGCCAUUAGUUUUAAAUAAAAAAUAUAACUAAAAAUGUGA